AUUUGAGAGCCAAAUGCAAAAAAAAAAAAUGCCGAUUCCAAGAAAAGCCUUAACUCUUGUUUCUCAUUUUCCCAUUACCUUCUCUCUGUUUUUAGCUUUCUUCUUCUCCUCGACCUCUGCAUCGACCAAUGAAGUUGCAGCUUUGAUUUCUUGGCUUCACAGCUCAACCUCGCCGCCACCGUCAGUAUUCUCCGGUUGGAAUCCUUCUGAUUCAGACCCAUGUCAAUGGCCUUACAUUACUUGUUCAUCUUCCGACAACAAACUCGUUACAGAGAUCAAUGUCGUCUCUGUUCAGUUAGCUUUACCUUUCCCUCCUAACAUAUCUUCGUUUACUUCACUUCAGAGACUCGUUAUCUCCAACACUAAUCUCACUGGAAGUAUAUCUUCUGAGAUUGGAGAUUGUUCUGAGCUUAGAGUUAUUGAUUUGAGCUCAAACAGUCUUGUUGGUGAAAUACCUUCGAGUCUUGGGAAGCUCAAGAAUCUUCAAGAACUCAGUUUAAACUCCAAUGGCCUCACUAGUAAGAUCCCACCGGAACUUGGUGACUGCAUUGCCCUCAAGAAUCUUGAGAUUUUCGACAAUCACUUAUCGGGGAAUCUUCCGAUGGAGCUUGGAAAGAUCUCGACUCUGGAGAGCAUAAGAGCCGGAGGUAACUCAGAGCUUUCAGGAAAGAUCCCGGAGGAGAUUGGGAACUGUCUGAAUCUGACGGUUUUAGGUCUCGCCGCCACGAAAAUAUCGGGUUCUUUACCUGUUUCGUUGGGUAAACUAAGUAAGCUCCAGUCUUUAUCGGUGUAUUCAACAAUGCUCUCAGGUGAGAUCCCUAAAGAGCUUGGAAACUGCUCUGAACUUAUCAAUCUGUUUCUAUACGACAAUGACUUGUCUGGCACGCUUCCAAAAGAGCUGGGAAAGCUACAAAACCUAGAAAAGAUGCUUCUAUGGCAGAAUAAUCUUUACGGACCUAUCCCUGAGGAGAUUGGAUUCAUUAAAAGCUUAAAUGCCAUUGAUCUCUCUAUGAACUAUUUCUCAGGAACCAUCCCUGAAUCGUUUGGUAAGUUGUCGAAUCUCCAAGAGCUUAUGCUUAGUAGCAACAACAUCACUGGGUCAAUACCUUCGGUUCUAAGUAACUGCACACAGCUUGUUCAGUUGCAGCUUGACGCUAAUCAGAUUUCCGGUUUGAUUCCGCCGGAGAUUGGAUUGCUUAAGGAGCUUAGCAUCUUCUUAGGAUGGCAGAAUAAGCUAGAAGGGAAUAUUCCGGCUGAGCUAGCUGGUUGUCAGAAUCUUGAAGCUCUUGACUUGUCUCAGAAUUUUCUCACUGGAGCUAUACCUGCAGGACUGUUUCAGCUUCGUAAUCUGACUAAGCUCUUGCUUAUAUCCAAUGCCAUCUCCGGUGUUAUCCCACCGGAGAUCGGAAACUGCACUUCACUUGUCAGGUUAAGGCUUGUCAAUAACAGAAUCACCGGAGAAAUCCCUAAAGGAAUAGGGUUUCUUCAGAACCUUAGCUUCCUUGACUUGUCUGAGAACAAUCUCUCCGGUCCAGUUCCUUUAGAGAUAAGCAACUGCAGACAACUCCAGAUGCUGAACUUGAGCAACAACACUCUUCAAGGUUAUCUUCCUCUCUCUUUGUCUUCUUUAACAAAGCUUCAGGUACUUGAUGUCUCUUCAAAUGACUUGACUGGUAAGAUUCCUGAUAGUCUUGGUCAUCUCGUUUCGCUCAACCGCCUCAUUCUUAGUAAGAACUCAUUCAAUGGUGAAAUCCCUUCGUCUCUCGGUCACUGCACGAAUCUUCAGCUUCUUGAUCUCAGCAGUAAUAACAUCUCUGGAACCAUACCGGAAGAACUCUUUGACAUUCAAGAUCUAGAUAUUGCCUUAAACUUGAGCUGGAAUUCAUUAGAUGGCUUUAUCCCGGCAAGGAUUUCUGCGCUUAACCGCUUAUCCGUGCUGGAUAUUUCGCAUAACAUGCUUUCGGGCGACCUCUUUGCGCUAUCCAGUCUAGAAAACUUAGUCUCUCUAAAUAUAUCUCACAACAGAUUCUCAGGUUAUCUUCCAGACAAUAAAGUGUUUCGACAGCUGAUAGGAGCAGAGAUGGAAGGAAAUAAUGGACUCUGUUCCAAAGGUUUCAAGUCUUGUUUUGUAGUUAACAGUACACAGUUAAGUACACGGAGUGGUCUGCACUCAAAGAGACUCAAGAUAGCCAUUGGAUUAUUAAUCAGUGUGACAGCGGUUCUUGCGGUAUUAGGCGUGUUAGCGGUUUUACGGGCAAGACAAAUGAUUCGGGACGAUAACGAUUCAGAGACCGGAGGAAAUCUGUGGACAUGGCAAUUCACACCUUUUCAGAAACUCAACUUCACAGUCGAACAUGUACUCAAGUGUUUGGUAGAAGGUAAUGUUAUAGGAAAAGGUUGUUCCGGAAUAGUGUACAAAGCUGAAAUGCCUAACCAAGAAGUCAUCGCAGUGAAAAAGCUCUGGCCAGUGACAGUGACAUUGCCUAAUCUGAAUGAGAAGACUAAGACAUCUGGAGUUCGAGAUUCAUUCUCAGCUGAAGUCAAAACACUUGGAUCAAUAAGACACAAGAACAUUGUAAGGUUCUUGGGAUGUUGUUGGAACAAGAACACUAGACUUCUUAUGUAUGAUUAUAUGUCAAAUGGGAGUUUGGGAAGUUUGCUUCACGAGAGAAAUGGAGUAUGCAGCCUUGGAUGGGAGGUUAGGUAUCGGAUUAUACUCGGUGCAGCUCAGGGUUUGGCUUACUUGCACCAUGAUUGUGUUCCUCCCAUUGUUCAUAGAGACAUCAAGGCUAAUAAUAUUCUGAUUGGUCCAGACUUUGAACCUUAUAUUGGAGAUUUUGGACUUGCUAAGCUUGUUGACGAUGGGGACUUUGCUCGUUCUUCCAAUACCAUUGCUGGUUCCUAUGGUUACAUAGCUCCAGAAUACGGAUACUCAAUGAAGAUAACAGAGAAAAGCGACGUGUAUAGCUACGGAGUCGUGGUCCUAGAGGUACUAACGGGUAAGCAACCGAUCGAUCCAACGAUACAAGACGGACUACACAUAGUGGACUGGGUCAAGAAGAUCAGAGAUAUACAAGUAAUCGACCAAGGACUACAAGCUAGACCAGAAUCAGAAGUAGAAGAGAUGAUGCAAACACUAGGAGUCGCGCUUCUAUGCGUUAAUCCAAUACCCGAAGACAGGCCAACAAUGAAAGAUGUAGCUGCAAUGCUAAGUGAGAUACGUCAAGAAAGAGAGGAAUCAGUGAAAGUAGUUGAUGGUUGCUCGGGAAGUUGUAACGACAGAGGAGAACGUCGCGGAGAUGAUUCGACUUCAUUGGUAAUGCAACAAACGAGGACGGCUAAGUAUUUGAGAAGUAGUAGUAGCACGAGUUUCUCUGCGUCUUCUUUGCUUUACUCUUCUUCUUCUUCUGCUACGUCUAAUGCUAGACCAAAUCUUAAAUAGAUGGGUAAUUAAUAUGUUUCUAAGUGAACAACCUUCUAAUGUAUGUCUUAAGUUUUUUUUUUUAAUCUAUAUAUUGAGAUGAACUCUGUGUUUUAAAUCAAGAAGGA